GGGUUGGAAUUGCAAUAACCCUACUUGUUAUUGCAAGUUAAAGAACGAUACGCAAGAGAGAGAGAGAGAGAGUUAGAGAGAGAGAGAGAAGAAGGCAGAUAAAGAAGAAAGACAGAGUACUGAGACCUCAAGCCAUCUCUUCCAAAAGAGAAACGCACCCUAUUCCUUCAUAUAUGCCAAUUCUUUCUCAUUGAAUCUCCUCUAAUUCCUUUGAUAUCAGUUGAGGAAAAAAUAAAAAAGAAAAAGAAAGAAAGAAAGAAAGAAAGAAGGAAUGUUCUCUUCCAAGAAGCCAACUAUGAAUUCACAUCCUGAGAGCAGGGCUCCUCUGUGUGUUCCGGUCGACUCCGGCCUCGUCCUCACCACCGACCCCAAACCUCGCCUCCGGUGGACCGUCGAGCUCCAUGAACGCUUUGUCGAUGCCGUCGCACAGCUCGGCGGCCCUGACAAGGCUACGCCAAAGACUAUCAUGAGGGUUAUGGCUGUCAAAGGUCUUACUCUUUAUCACCUUAAAAGCCAUUUGCAGAAAUUUAGGCUUGGGAAACAGCCGCAUAAGGAAUUUUACGACCAUGCCAAGGAUGCUCUUGAUAUGCAAAGAAAUGCAGCAUCUUCUUCUGGGAUUAUGAGUCGAAGCAUGAAUGACAGGAACGUCCAUAUUACAGAAGCACUCAGGAUGCAGAAGGAGGUUCAAAGACGACUGCAUGAGCAAUUAGAGGUUCAAAAGCACCUUCAAAUGAGAAUUGAAGCCCAAGGAAAAUACAUGCAGUCCAUAUUAGAGAAAGCAUAUCAAACUCUAGCUGGGGAAGAAAAAUCAAUCCCUGCCACAGCAAGCUUCAAAUUUCACUUCCUUCCAAGACCUCCAUUUAUUCAACAAUGA